CCGUUAAAAAAAUAGUUCCCGCGAAAUUCUCGUUGUGUUUGUUAAAGGAUGAAUUUUAUCAAGAACAACUUGUUCAGAUAUCAGUUUUAGGUUACUUCUCGAAAGAAGGGAUGUUUAAUGUAGGUUCUUCUAAGAAUAACUAAAUUUUAUUGACGACUCUUGCAGAUAACACAUCUCACUGAUCUAUGAAGGAUAUUUGAGUUUACUAGUGCAACAAACGAUUUGGUUUUUGCUUACGAAUUUAUACUCAAAUUCUAUAAGAAAAAAUGGGUUCUAAAAAGAAAAAAGAAAAUGAGUUAGUUUUGACAAUAGAGGAUGUUUUUUGCAUUGCUUGUAGAUGUAUUUAUUUAAAACCAGUUACAAUGCCUUGUGGACAUACUUUAUGUCUUGACUGUUUCAAAAAUAUGGUUGAGAUAACUGCAUAUCAGUGUCCAACAUGCAGGUUACGUAUAAGUAAUUGGCUAAGAAAAUAUAAGCAUAAAUGGGAUACUAUGAUAAAUGAAAAAUUAUGGGCAGCUAUACAAAAACAGUUUCCUUUAGAAAUUAAAAAAAGAUUAAAUGACGAAGAUGACGGCCUUGAAGAACGUAUUGUUAGUCAGGGUUUCAAUCGUAUUUCUAUAGAACCUGGUGUGAUUGCAAAGGAAUUUGAAGAUAUGAGAAAACAAUUUGAAGAAGAACAAAAAAAAAUUGAGUUACAAAAUUUAGAGUUAGCAAAACGAAUACAAGAGGAGGAAGAAGUAAAUACUAAUAAAUUAAAUGCUGUGAUUGCUGAAUUAAAUCAAACAGAUUCAAAACUUGCUUCAAAAAUUCAAAAAGAGAUGGAAAAUGAUGCUAAUUAUCAGCAACAAUUACAAAAUGAAUCUGACCUACAAUUAGCUGCUACAUUACAAAGUGAGAUAUCAUUAGCUUUAAAUGAAGAAAAAAUAAUUGUUGGAUUUAACAACAAAAAAAAGCUAUCAAAAGAAUCUAAUUCUAAAUCUGGUCCUCUUGACAAGAUGUUUGCUAAUUUAAAACCAAAAAAUGACAAAUAUCAACAUUAUCAGUGUAGAACUGAUAUUUCUAUGUCUAGUAGUUCUUCAUCAAGUAUGUUCAUUAGUCUAAAAAGUUUCUAUUCUGACACUACGUGUAGUUCAACUACAAAUUCGGGAUUAAUAAACGAAGAUGAAUUUCUAGAUAUGUGUACUUGUGGUCGUUUAAUGGAUGAUAAUAAAAUUAAUGAACCCCUUUGUAGAUUUUGUAUUGCUCAAAUUGCUAAUUUUGAAUUAAUAACUCAACAACAUAAUGAUUUCUUAAUUGCAAAAGAUUUAGAAAAAAAAUUAAAUUGUUCCAAUUUUGAAAAUUACAAUCUAAGAAAACGUUCUAGUCCAUCUCAGUUGCCUAGUCGAAAGAUUAGAAAAUUACCAAAAGGACAACAGACACUUAGUUUUAAGAUUAAUUAA